UUCUCUCUUCAGAAGGAAGGCCAUGCACAGUCGAGGCUGGAGAAAUCACAGCUUCGUAACAGAAUUUAUCCUCUUGGGCUUCUCCAGAAACCCCAAGACCAACUGGAUCCUUUUCUUCCUCUUCCUCUUCCUCUUCCUCUACUUAUUUACAGUUCUGGGUAAUGGACUCAUCGUUACCCUGAUUAGAAUAGAUGCUCGUCUCCACACGCCCAUGUACUUCUUCCUCAGCAUCCUCUCCCUCCUGGAUCUGAGUUAUGCCACCACAACAGUGCCCCAGAUGUUGGUUCAUCUAGUAAGCAAGAAUAAGGCCAUCUCUUACACUGGAUGUGUGAUCCAGAUGUACAUUUUCUUGACACUAGGUAUCACUGAGACCUGGAUUUUUGCAGCUAUGGCCUAUGACAGAUAUGUCGCUAUAUGUUAUCCACUCCACUAUGGAGUCAAGAUGAGUCAAACUUUAUGCAUAGCCCUGGUGACCAGCUCUGCCCUUUGUGGCCUCAUCUGUGCCCUUGUCUACACAGUCUUUGCAAUGACUCUUCCCUACUGUGGUCCCAAUGAGAUCAAUCAUUUCUUUUGUGAAAUUCCCGCUGUCUUGAAAUUAGCCUGUGCAGACACAUCCCUCAAUGACCAAGUGGACUUCAUCCUGGGCUUCAUCUUGCUUCUGAUCCCAUUAUCUCUCAUCCUGGCCUCAUAUGUUCGGAUCUUUAUAGCCAUUCUAAGGAUUCGCUCCACCCAAGGACGGAUGAAGGCCUUCUCCACCUGCGCUUCACAUAUCACUGUGGUCACCAUGUUCUGUGUUCCGUGCAUGGUCAUGUACAUGAGACCUGGCUCUGAAGCCUCCCCAGAAGAUGACAAGAAGUUGGCCUUGUUCUAUAAUGUCAUUUCUGCCUUCCUUAACCCCAUUAUUUACAGUCUCCGGAACAAGGAUGUGAAGAGGGCUUUUCUCAAGUUAAUUGGAAGGGGUGAGGACACCCAGUAG